AUGUUUGCUGCUCUUCUAACCGGACAGCUCGUGCAAUCGAAUUUUGUUGAAGUUUCUCCAGGAAGACUCCUGUUGGAUUUGCCUCCCCUUGGCAAAAGUAACCAUGUUGUUGUUUUCUUAACGGGGCAAGCUGCUCUUCCAGAUGGUUAUGGAGCCGGAGUUCAUUUAGGGAUAGCGCAAAACGGACAAACUCUCUGGAGUUAUUUAGGAUUUCUCUCAAAUGACCGACCUAGUGCCAUUUUUAAGGUUUUAGGAUUGAAACCAAAUAUACUUUCACAAGUUGCCAAUCCUUUCCAAGACUUUUCAAAUCCCCCUACAUGUGGUGUCUUAAACGCCCAGCUUGGAAUUUUGCUCGAGCCUUUGAGCGAACUUUCUGGCCAGACCCCUGCCCUGGAGGGCUCUAAUAAUCAGAACUUUGUUGAUGAUAAAGUUGGAUUUACCCAAUUCGCAGCAGCAAAUCUGUUUAAUUUUGCGUCUGGAUGUGCUCAAGAAGUGCCUGGAACCUCUGAAGCAUAUGUUCCUCUUUCUGUCAUCAAACGAUGGUUUGACUCUAUUCAGCGAAAAAUAUCACUCGAUCCGAACUUCUGGAAAAAGUGA